AUGCGGGCUCAAGAAGGAAAGUAUCCGAAAGAUGACUUGACUUGGAGUCAGAAGACUACCUGUCUGAGCCCCGUUUCUUCAUCAGUAAAUCCGGGAAGCUACAAACUUAGAUACACCGGUUAUUCUCUCUGCGUUUGGGAAGCUUCUUUGGGCCAGGACUUGCCCAUUCCCUUCUCCCACCUUCAUAGAUGGCCAAACGAGAUCACUAACGCAAACCGGUCAGGAGAUGGAGAAAAGCGUCUAAUCUGUGGCCCCGCAGCUGAGCGACACCCACAGCGCGGGGGAACAGGGACGGGAGGGGCUCUCAGAAAGGGAAGAUGCUCCGCAAGCGGUUUCGGACACGGGCGCUCGCCAAUCACCGAGCGAAAGGCGGGGCCGUAUUGUUCUACUUCACCAAUCAGGGAAAGAUCGAAUUCCCAGCGCCCAGAACCCGGGGGCUCUCUUGCUUCCCUCAGACUUUGCAGGUCCUUAUGGGGGCGUCGUGCGCGAGCUCGGCGGUCCUGCGGCAUUUCUCGGUGUGCCCGGAAUCCUCGCCUCUUUCCACCCACGGAACCGCUUCUCUACCUCCCGGGCCCACCCUCUCCCUUCGUCACGGCUUCUGCAUCCCGGGAGCUGCGGGGGGGGAUCUGCCGGCCGCCAGGCCCCUCCAGCCGAAGCUGGGAGGGUCAAGGUUACGUGACUAUAGAGGCUGGUCCUCGCCAUAGUGACGGCGCCUCUUCAGGGGGGAGGCUUCCCCAGCCUUCAUCCCGCACUCGCCUUUCCAAACCGGCCCCUCGUCUAAAAAGGGAUAUAGUGCAACUCACAACGAUUGAAAUCAGGAACAAGAUAGUAGAAUUGGAAGAAGGAUUAAAAAAUGUUGAUGAUGAAGGUAAUGAAUGGAAAACUCGUUAUGAAGCGCAAAUUGAAUUUAAUAAUCAAUUAGAAAAGCAAAUAUUAAGUCUUCGAGAGAAAAUGGCCAAAGUUCAUGGGAAUCCUUCAGAUAGAUUAUCUUCUAUUCGUGCCUAUGAACGGAUGCCAUUGCUAUUUAUGAUAUCUCAUUCUGUCUACACUGGAAUGUCUUCUCCCAGCCUAUAUCUGCCAGUCUCAUUUAUGAAUUCUUUAAAUCAGUUACUUAAACAGCUAGAAAAAGAAAAACGAAGUCUUGAAUGCCAAGUAAAAGAAUAUGAGCUUAAACUGGAACAAGCAUCAAAGGCUUUCCAUAAGACCAAUGAUGAGCGACGUGCCUAUUUAGCAGAAGUAUCUCAGGUAUCAGCACCAUAUCUGUGUCAUAAAAGGAAUUUGUUAACAAUUUCACAAGCCUCUAAAAAACAACCUAUGGAUUCUUUGCCCAAGAUGAAAGAAAAUAUCCUUAAAAGAACCAGUGGCCUGACAAUAUGGUGCAAGCUCAAGGGGGUUGAGAAUUGUGAAAGAGUUUGCAUCAAGGCUACUUCCUUCCAGACCUGUGAAAGAGAACAAGAGAGAAUCACAUAUCUUACCAGGUUUUCAUCCCCUGAGGCCAGGCUCAGGUUUUGAGUUCCAGCCCUGAGUAGCAGUAAUCAAAUAGAAUUUCAAAAGGGGAAGAUGGAUUCCAGCAACCUGGAGGACAUCAGAUAUCAAGAAAGGACCAUUUAAAAAGACUGCAAGAACAAAC